GACUUCCGGUCCGUAGUGGGGCCUGCGGUGGGAGUGGGAAGGAAGGCGGAGGGAACCAUGCGAGGUUCUGAGAUCUGCGGCGAGGGUCGCCUCCAGAGACGCAGGAAUUCUGAAAUCCCCACCACUUCCUCCCUCCGGGGGAUUUGAUCCCCUAUGGCCACCGCUAACAGCAUCAUCGUGCUGGAUGAUGAUGACGAAGAUGAAGCAGCUGCUCAGCCAGGGCCCUCCCACCCACUCCCCAAUGCGGCCUCACCUGGGGCAGAAGCCCCUAGCUCCUCUGAGCCUCAUGGGGCCAGAGGAAGCAGUAGUUCGGGCGGCAAGAAAUGCUACAAGCUGGAGAAUGAGAAGCUGUUCGAAGAGUUCCUUGAACUUUGUAAGACGCAGACAGCAGACCACCCUGAGGUGGUCCCAUUCCUCUAUAACCGGCAGCAACGUGCCCACUCUCUGUUUUUGGCCUCGGCGGAGUUCUGCAACAUCCUCUCUAGGGUCCUAUCUCGGGCCCGGAGCCGGCCAGCUAAGCUCUAUGUCUACAUCAAUGAGCUCUGCACUGUUCUCAAGGCCCACUCAGCCAAAAAGAAGCUGAACUUGGCCCCUGCCACCACCACCUCCAAUGAGCCCUCUGGGAAUAACCCUCCCACACACCUCUCCUUGGACCCCACAAAUGCUGAAAACACUGCCUCUCAGGCCCCAAGGACCCGUGGUUCCCGGCGGCAGAUCCAGCGCUUGGAGCAGCUGCUGGCGCUCUAUGUGGCAGAGAUCCGGCGGCUGCAGGAAAAGGAGUUGGAUCUCUCAGAAUUGGAUGACCCAGACUCCACAUACCUGCAGGAGGCACGGUUGAAGCGUAAGCUGAUCCGCCUCUUUGGGCGACUAUGUGAGCUGAAAGACUGCUCUUCACUGACCGGCCGUGUCAUAGAGCAGCGCAUCCCCUACCGUGGCACCCGCUACCCAGAGGUUAACAGGCGCAUUGAGCGGCUCAUCAACAAGCCAGGGCCUGAUACCUUCCCUGACUAUGGGGAUGUGCUUCGGGCUGUAGAGAAGGCAGCUGCCCGACACAGCCUUGGCCUCCCCCGACAGCAGCUCCAGCUCAUGGCUCAGGAUGCCUUCCGAGAUGUGGGCAUCAGGUUACAGGAACGACGUCACCUCGAUCUCAUCUACAACUUUGGCUGCCACCUCACAGAUGACUAUAGGCCAGGCACUGACCCUGCACUAUCAGAUCCUGUGUUGGCCCGGCGCCUUCGGGAAAACCGGAGUUUGGCCAUGAGUCGGCUGGAUGAGGUCAUCUCCAAAUAUGCAACGAUGCAAGACAAAAGUGAGGAGGGCGAGAGAAAAAAGAGAAGAGCUCGGUUCCAAGGCACCUCUUCCCACUCUGCAGACACCCCCAACGCCUCCUUGGAUUCUGGUGAGGGCCCUAGUGGAAUGGCAUCCCAGGGGUGCCCUUCUGCCUCCAGAGCUGAGACAGAUGAUGAAGAAGAUGAGGAGAGUGAUGAGGAAGAGGAGGAGGAGGAGGAGGAAGAAGAAGAGGAGGAGGCCACAGAUUCUGAAGAGGAGGAGGAUCUGGAACAGAUGCAGGAGGGUCAGGAGGACGAUGAAGAGGAGGACGAAGAGGAAGAAGCAGCAGCAGGUAACAAUGGAGACAAGAGCCCCAUGUCCUCACCACAGAUCUCCACUGAAAAGAACCUGGAACCUGGCAAACAGAUCAGCAGGUCUUCAGGGGAGCAGCAAAACAAAGGACGCAUAGUGUCACCAUCGUUACUGUCAGAAGAACCCCUGGCCCCCUCCAGCAUAGAUGCUGAAAGCAAUGAAGAACAGCCUGAGGAGCUGACCCUGGAGGAAGAAAGCCCUGUGUCUCAGCUCUUUGAGCUAGAGAUUGAAGCUUUGCCCCUGGAUACCCCUUCCUCUGUGGAGACAGACAUUUCCUCUUCCAGGAAGCAAUCAGAGGAGCCCUUCACCACUGUCUUAGAGAAUGGGGCAGGCAUGGUCUCUUCUACUUCUUUCAAUGGAGGCGUCUCUCCUCACAACUGGGGAGAUUCUGGUCCCCCCUGCAAAAAAUCUCGGAAGGAGAAGAAGCAAACAGGAUCAGGGCCAUUAGGAAACAGCUCUGUGGAAAGGCAAAGGUCAGUGCAUGAGAAGAAUGGGAAAAAGAUAUGUACCCUGCCCAGCCCACCUUCCCCCUUGGCUUCCUUGGCCCCAGUUGCUGAUUCCUCCACAAGGGUGGACUCUCCCAGCCAUGGCCUGGUGACCAGCUCCCUCUGCAUCCCUUCUCCAGCCCAGCUGUCCCAAACCCCCCAUUCACAACCUCCUCGGCCUGGUACUUACAAGGUAAGAAGGGGAGGGCGUGUUUCCUCUGAUAAUUUGUUCUCUUUCAUUGUCUGUUUCAGCUGCUCUGUCUGAAUAUUGCACGUGCCACAUCCUGUCUCUUCCUUUUUCCCACCGUUUUAAAUCCUCUAAAUCCUCCUGUGUCUUUUCUCCUGUACUCCAGAUCUCUUUGACUCUGUCUCUCACUUCCCUGCAGACAAGUGUGGCCACACAAUGCGAUCCAGAAGAGAUCAUCGUGCUCUCAGACUCUGAUUAGCUGCCUCCCCUUCUCCCUGCCUCCAGAAUGUUUUGGGAUAGCAUUUGGAGGAAGGUGGGAAGCAUAUGACUGAGGAAGGGAUGGACUAAGCUAAUCCCCUUUUGGUGGUGUUUCUUUAAAAAAAAAAAAAAGAAAAAAGCUUAAGUUUUACACAGAAACAUUAAUAAACAAUAAAGUUCUUUUCUUACUGUA